CGGGAGCAAAACAAGUGUGUUUCACAUGAGCUGUGCUGCAGUCGUGGUAUAAUCCAGUUUACCGAAAUGGCGGAGACAGCGGACAGAAUGGAGGUGUCCCAGGGAGAGAGCUCAGCAAAACCUGCAGCAGAAGACAUGACCUCCAAAGACUACUACUUUGAUUCCUAUGCACACUUUGGCAUUCACGAGGAGAUGCUAAAGGAUGAAGUUCGUACUCUGACGUACAGAAACUCCAUGUUCCACAACAAGCAUCUCUUCAAGGAUAAGGUGGUGCUGGAUGUGGGAAGUGGAACCGGCAUCCUUUGUAUGUUUGCAGCCAAAGCUGGGGCCAAGAAAGUUAUUGGGAUUGAGUGCAGCAGUAUAUCAGACUAUGCUGUGAAGAUUGUGAAGGCCAACAAGUUGGAUCACAUCGUUACCAUUAUUAAGGGCAAAGUAGAAGAGGUUGAGCUUCCUGUGGAAAAUGUAGACAUAAUCAUCUCUGAGUGGAUGGGCUACUGUCUCUUCUACGAGUCCAUGCUUAACACUGUCAUUUAUGCAAGAGACAAAUGGCUGAAACCUGAUGGCUUGAUUUUCCCUGACAGAGCCACGCUCUAUGUCACUGCUAUUGAGGACCGACAGUACAAGGACUACAAAAUUCACUGGUGGGAGAAUGUUUAUGGCUUUGAUAUGUCCUGUAUCAAGGAAGUGGCCAUUAAGGAGCCACUAGUGGAUGUUGUUGACCCCAAACAGCUCGUUAGUACUGCCUGCCUCAUUAAGGAGGUGGACAUCUACACAGUGAAGAUUGAGGACCUGUCCUUCACGUCACCUUUCUGCCUGCAGGUGAAAAGGAACGACUACAUUCAUGCGCUGGUAACCUACUUCAACAUUGAGUUCACUCGCUGCCACAAGAGGACAGGCUUCUCUACUAGCCCAGAGUCUCCUUACACUCAUUGGAAGCAGACUGUGUUCUACCUUGAUGACUAUCUGACGGUGAAGACCGGAGAGGAGAUCUUUGGCACCAUCAGCAUGAAACCCAACGUCAAGAAUAAUAGAGACCUGGACUUUACCGUCGACAUCGACUUCAAGGGUCAGCUUUGUGAGGUGUCCAAGACGUCGGAGUACAGGAUGCGCUAGAUUCCUUUAGCAUAAGUGUGUGAGGCAUCUCGGAGAGCAGUGUACGCUUCUGUGUGUGUGAAACCAUGUACAUUAUUCCAAACUGUGCAUGACAGACAUUUUUAGAGAUUCUGUUUUACAGAAUAUUGUCUGAAUUUUUUUUUCUUUUUUUCUUUAAAAAGCGCCCAACGGGACUAAACAUGGCAAAAAUAAUUUUUUGACCUUGCUUUUUCCACAUUUUAAGUGCAUCAUUUUGGAUAAAUGCAUGUACACACGUGCAACUGCUCUUUUGCCUGAUUGUCUGUGUCUGACAACAUGUCAUCUAUGUAUCUUUUUUUUUUUCCCCUGUCAUGCCGACAUGUCUGUGUUGGUCACUGUAAAAAAAAAAAUGCAAAUCAGCCAUAUGUUUUGAUAUUCCAUCUGGUAAAGCCAGCAUCUUCUAUGUAGGUAAAACCUGUCAUGUUUCACUGUGGACAGGAGCUCUGCCCAGUACUAGCUGAAUGAGCCCAUAUCGUUUUUGUUUGUUCUGUACUUGGAGGCAGUUGUUUUGGACCAUCAGUAGAGGGCGCCUCCAUUAUGUGCAGUUUGUCUUCUGUGCAGUAACCGUUUUAAUUCAGGUAGUGCUCCUAUGUCCUCAUCUGUUAGCUUUGUUUGUUUUUUUUUUUGUUUUUUUUUUUUUAACUUGUUACAAUGACUUAAUCAGAGGAUAUUAUCGUGUUAUGAAUGAGACCGCAUAGUAAUCUCUUGUGCAACUCAUAGGUGGUGUUAAUGAGCACUAUUUUAGAUCCGUUGAUCUUUUUAAUGUCAUAUAGGAGGAAUCUUCAUCCGGUGACUGACCAUUUAGUUUAAGCUUAUCUGCUGCUCUUUUGCACUGGAAGCACUUAAAACUAAGUUUCUCCAGACCCAGAACUAAAAUUUAAUUCCAUGGAGGAAAACCUUCAGACUAAAUUUUCCAUUUGAGUGCUUUUAUUGAAGGUGAUGCUUAUCCUGUGUUUGAGUAACUUCACAUUUGUUUCAUAUUGCGAUCUUCUCUCAUAGUGUUGCUGUGUACUACAGUGUUUUUGUCGAGGGGUGCAAGUUCACAUGCCUUGUGUCUAGCACUGGUUUGGAUUAUUACCAGGCAGGCAUUUGUCCACUAGGAAUUUUUUUUUCUUCCCUUCUUUUUUUGAAAUAAAAACCGUAAAUUGAA